UUCGGACACUAGGUAAACACUUUCCCUUCACAGACGUGAUGUCGCCGCCCCGCCUGCUCGUUUUCCGUGUUUUAUUGUUUUUAUCAGCAUUAUGUCUCUGCUGGACGGAAGAUUGGGCCUUCGAGAAUGCUCCGGGCAUCGCCAUGGAAUAUAAAAUCCACGUUGACGCCGGCAAAGAGGACUGCUAUUGGCAAUAUGUGCACCCCAAAGCCACCAUCUACGUGAAUAUGCAGGUUCUUAAGGGUGGUGAUGGCAUGGCAGGUAUGGCUGUACGCAAUCCCAAGGGAGAGAUAGUUCAUCCAUAUACUUGGAAGAAGUCAGCAGAAUACGAAGAAGUCUCACAGACAGGAGGAUAUUACAGCGUCUGCAUUGAUAAUCAAUUUUCAAGAUUUGCUGGCAAACUAAUCAACCUCUACAUGACUACUUUUAGGUAUGAUUUAUGGGAAAAAUACACUCAAGAACUUGAGCAGAUGGAAGUCAGCGUAAACAACUUCACACACUCUAUAAAGACCGUGGAUCAGCGCAUUCACGAUAUGCUGCUGCACCAGAGCCAGUCACGAGCAAAGGAGGCAAGAGACUUCCAACUUCUUAUAAGCAACAACAACUAUGUUCAGUACUGGUCCCUUGCACAGUGCAUUGCCAUCAUUGGUGCAGGAGCGUUCCAGGUGUUCUACUUACGCAAGCUCUUCGAUACAAAGGUCACAACCAAGUCAGGAGGCAGAGCCUAGGGUGCCAGGGCUCUAAACAGGUGUUUGUCCUGCCAUGUGGGGGAAGCACUAAAAUUAAGAUUAAAUAUUUGCUGUUAGAUCAUUUGAGUACCAGAUGAGUUGUCUGGUGAUAUUCAUUUGUUGUUAAUCCAGAUACUUUUUAUUUGAUAUACAUUUUAUCUUGGACAGUGUUCAUCACACUGUUUGGUACUGUUAUUUAGGUAAUGCAAUUCUCUUUUUUUUUUUUUUUUUUUUUUUUUUUUUAAUGGAUGAAGGUUUUUGUAUUGUAUACUAACCUUUUGUCAUCAGCAUAUCAGUGAUACGUUUCCUUCAGUGAUUAUUUUAAUCUCUUGAAAGAGCUUUAUGAAUCUCAGCCUAAUGGGAUUGCAAUCGUAUAUGUACUUACAAAUUAUGUUUUGUUCCUAGAGGUGGGUCCUUGCUCAGUUGCAAUAACGUUAGACAUAAACAGAUCAGUUCUUUGUAGCUUUCAACUAUACAUAAUUUGAAUGUAGAUUAUAUCAGGGUUAGUUUUUUGAUUGUCUUAGUUUUAUCAAAAUACUUUCAUGUUUUUUUGCAUUGACAUCCUGAUAAUGUAAUAUGAAGGGACCAGGUGAACUAUAGAAAAAAUCUCAAGAAAUAGAAAAAUGUAAGGCCUUAUCUCUAGGGGUUUUAGUUGUAGUAUGUGGUAGGUGGUGCAAUGGUCUCAUUCCAAGCAUAAUUUUUCAUAGUGUUUAUCUUGUGCAGAUUCAAUUCCUCAUUUUUUUUCCGUCCUACAUUGCUUUAGAUCUCAACUUGAUACCUGAUGUUACAUUCCAAUUCCAAGGUCACAGUCUUGUAUUUUUUAUACAUACAAUAUCAUGUAUUGUAGGUGCUUUUAUUGUUCAUUGAUGGAAUAAAGAAUUAUACAAUAUC